AUGGAUUAGAUUUAAGUCAUAUUAGUGAAAGAGUCUUUCGAAAAUGAUUGUACAGAGAUUAGGUUUCUAGUCAAUAACCAAGAGAUUUUGCCAAAAAUAAGCAUCAAAUUAACAGAAAAUUAUUCUGAGGAAUUUUCAUCUGCUCUAUAUUAACAUCUAUCUAAUCAUGUUAAGAAGGAGUGUCGCUAUCUAUACUUUGUAAGUUAAUGAUAAACUAUUAAUUUCAUAGAACGAACCUUUGGAAUGCAUGAAACAGAAGAGGUUCAAUUUGAUCUCUCAAUUAGGAGUAGAUGUUAUACUAAAAUUAUUAAACUUAAAUUUUAUACCAAUAAUUCGAACUAAUUAUUCUCGUUAUAUCCUUGACGACGUAGUUUUUAUCACUUAGCCUUUUCAGAAGGGGAGAAAAUCAGCAAUUGAGAGGCUGAAUUAGAAUUGGGAAACAUAAUGCAGAUUGAAAUCUAAAAUCACAAAAGAAUUCAUUUAAAUCAUUGAAGAAUUCAAAUUUUACUACCGUAUAGAUAUACUAAUCACAUCGAACUUAAAGCCAAUAAAAUAGGAGAAAUAUUCAGAAUAUGAUGUUCUUUAUGUACCUACAGAAGAGUUGAUAUUUUUAAAAACCAAUUAAAAAUAAUAAUUAUCGCUCUUAUUUCAGAAUUUAGAGCAAAUAAUUAAAUAAUACUAAUUAAUUUGA